AUGACAUCUGCAUCAUCAAGUAGCGCUCGAUCCUUAUUUGCUGAGUCGAAACAACGGCUGGCAGAGAGAGUUCAAGUUAAUAUGAAUAAUAUUGCUUCUCUCGCUCGUCAGAUACAGAGAGGUUCAAAAUCAAAUGAGCUCCUGUCAAAGGCAGCUCGAGACUUUGCAGCCACAGAACAUCUCAUGGAAGGUAGUGAAGAGAAUUUGAAAAAGAUGAAAUUAAUUGCUGUUCACAUGGGCUAUCAGUAUGACAAUAUAUUAGCAUCUGCUCAAAUGUUGACAGAAAUCAGUGAACAAGUUGCUACAAUGCAAAGA